CCAAGUAUCACAGAAAUCCAAGUGACAGAAACUAGAAGAAUGGCUUCCAAGUCUGCCCUUGUCCUCUGCAUCGUCAACCUCCUCUUCUUCACGAUGGUAACCUCCACCUAUGCGCAAUCACCAUCGCCACCUCCUCCUUCCUCAGGAAAUCAGCCGAGUUGCCCUAUGGACGCUCUUAAGUUAGGUGUCUGCGCCAACUUGUUGGGGGGUUUGGUCGGGGUCACCAUCGGCAAGCAGAGCGAUUGCUGUACCCUCAUUGGGGGCCUCGUCGACCUCGACGCUGCCGUCUGCCUCUGCGCGGCCAUUAGAGCCAAUGUCUUAGGCAUCAACCUUGACGUUUCCCAUAGCGUGGACGUGAUUCUCAACAACUGUGGCAGAACCCGCCCCGGGGGAUUUCAGUGUGCUUAAUUCAAGAGAUAUAUGUGUCGUCACUGUCUCCACUGCACUAUCCUCAUCAAGUUCUAUAGUUCUUGGUGACAAAUAAAUUAUAUCAAUAAAAGUUUAUAGUGAUCUAUGAUUCCCCUU